UUAAGCUGAGUACCAACUUAUGUGAACGUUGAAUGUUUGCCUCCUAAAUUAUAAACAUGAGAAGAGAACCAACUCUAUGAUCAAUUCGUAUUAUAGCAUAGUGUGGUAAUAAUAAUAUGUACAUAGUGCUUUUAAUAAUAAGGUUCUCUUUUCUCAAUGUCUAUGGCUAUGCGUGACUGUGUGUGUGUGUGUGUGUUACAUCUUGGCGUAUUCCUGAAGCCAUGCCGUUAAAGCUUGCCUUUGCCUCCUCUUGGCCGUUACCACCACCGUUUACCAAAGCCAAAUCAAACACUGCUUUAACAAAAACAACUUUUUUUCUUUUUCAGUCACAUUUAUUCAUUUCCAUCACUUGCACUGCUUAACCAACCCUCCUAGCUGUGGAUGCUUCUCUGCUUCCACUUCCAACUUGCUUUCCCUUUCUCCUGUUUCUCAAAGGGAAACAAGUGGAACAAUUUUCAGACACCUUGAUCCAGUGUGGCACCAUAAAACUUGAUGAUGCCCCAGUCCUACUUAGCCACAAUACCAAUUUUGCUACUCCUGGUUGUGUUUCCUCAAACUAAAUCUGAUCUACAUUCAGAAAAGCAAGCCCUACUUGAUUUUGCUUCUGCACUUCAUCAUGGUCAUAAAAUCAACUGGAACUCUAGUACCUCAGUGUGCACUUCUUGGGUGGGAGUUACAUGCAGCUCUGAUGGCUCUCAUGUGCUUUCUUUGCGCCUUCCCGGUGUUGGACUGCGCGGUUCUCUCCCAGAAAACACGCUCGGUAAGCUGAGUGGCCUCAUCAGUCUGAGCCUCAGGUCCAACACCUUGAGUGGGAAUCUUCCAAUUGACAUGCUUUCCCUUCCUUCUCUGCGCUUUGUGUAUCUGCAAAAUAACAGCUUUUCAGGUGACAUUCCAUAUUCGCUUCCGCCCCGGCUUCUCUUUCUUGAUUUGUCCUAUAACUCCUUCACAGGGAAAAUUCCAUCCUCAAUCCAAAACUUGACAUAUCUAAUAGGACUGAACCUCCAGAAUAACUCCCUCAGAGGACCUAUUCCUGAUGUUAACCUUCCUACCCUUGAGGAUUUGAAUUUGAGCUUCAAUUACCUGAAUGGUUCUAUCCCUUCAGAGCUUCAGAAGUUUCCUGCAUCCUCAUUUAAAGGGAAUUUGAAGUUAUGUGGAGCACCAUUGGAGCCAUGUUCUUCAGCUUCCCCUCCUCUCACAUUGUCACCAUCAAUAGUUUCAACAAAACCAUGUGAUCUUUCAAGCAAGAAGCUGAGUAGAGGAGGCAAAAUAGCUAUAAUUGCUUCAGGGUGUAUCUUCACACUGCUGUUCCUUCCAGUUCUCAUAGCAGUUUUCUGCUGUUUCAAGAAAAAAGGAGGUGAACAAAAUUUAGUUCAUAAAGAGAAGGGUGGAAAGUUGAGGGAGGGUUUUGGCAGUGGUGUGCAAGAACCUGAGAGGAACAAGCUAAUAUUCUUUGAAGGUUGUUCUAACAACUUUGAUCUUGAGGAUUUACUAAGAGCUUCAGCUGAAGUGCUUGGGAAGGGAAGUUGUGGAACAACUUACAAAGCCAUUUUGGAGGAAGGGACAACAGUGGUUGUGAAGAGAUUGAAAGAAGUGGCUGUGGGGAAAAAGGAAUUUGAACUGCAAAUGGAGAUUGUCCAGAGGCUUGAUCACCACCCAAAUGUGGUUCCAAUUCGUGCUUACUACUAUUCCAAGGAUGAAAAACUAGUGGUUUAUGACUACUUUACUUGUGGCAGCUUUUCCAAGUUGUUGCAUGGAACAAGGGAAACGGGAAGAACUCCACUAGAUUGGCAUUCCAGAUUGAAGAUAGUGGCUGGAGCAGCAAGGGGCAUUGCAUAUAUCCAUUCAGCCAAUGGAAAGAAAUUUGUCCAUGGCAACAUAAAAUCAUCUAAUGUGCUUCUCUCAGUGGAUCUACAAGGCUGCAUAUCAGAUUUUGGCUUAACUCCUCUAACAACUUUUUGUGUCUUCUCCAGAAGUGCAGGCUACAAAGCACCUGAGGUUAUUGAAACCAGAAAAUCCACCCAAAAAUCUGAUGUGUACAGCUUUGGUGUUCUCCUUCUUGAGAUGCUGACUGGGAAAGCACCAGUUCAGUGUUCAGGGCAUGAUGAUGUGGUUGUUGAUCUUCCAAAGUGGGUCCAAUCUGUUGUCAGAGAGGAGUGGACUGCUGAAGUGUUUGAUCUUGAGCUAAUGAGAUAUCCAAACAUUGAAGAAGAACUUGUGCAGAUGUUACAACUGGCUAUGGCAUGUGUUGCAGAGAUGCCUGACAUGAGGCCUUCAAUGAAGGAAGUUGUUAUGCUAAUUGAAGACAUCAGAGAAUCCACUUCUUAGAAACAGCCAUCAUUCUUGGAGGACAAGUUCAAGGGGUUCCAUCAAUGCUUUCACUCCAUAUAAACUGAAAGGCUGGCUACUGUAUGAACAACAUCGAUCCAUUGCCUAGUUUCUAAUAUACCUAGUCAAGAUUCAUUUCAGGUCUUAACAUGAAAAGAAAAAAAUGUUUAAGCAUCUUGCAACUUUUUGCUUAUGAUAAUUGCUUUAACCUGACGUCUACAAUUCGAUGUACUAGCAUCAUAUGUCUUGCAAGCAAUGAGCUGGAUCAAAUGAAUAAAUAUAUCUUUUUUUUUUGAU